GAGCACAUAAGCCGCCAUCUGCCCUGCCCAUUCUCCCACGUCCUCCAGUCUUCUCCAAUCCUGCAUUGCCAACUCGUGUACGUAACAAUGGCUUCUUCCACCCCCGCCCACAACCCCUACGCUGUGAACCCCCAGCCAUUCGCUGGCAAGGUCAUCACCGUGACGGGUGCCAGCCGAGGCACUGGUCUCGCAUUAAGCAAGUAUCUGCUUGCUCGAGGUGCCAAGGUUUCCAUGUGUGCGACCACAGCAGAGAACCUCGAAAAGGCCUCCAAAGAGAUCGAUGAACUAUUCCCCGACGCCAAGUCGCGGUACUGGACCAAGGUUGUAGAUAUUGGUGUACCCGAAAACGUGAAGUCGUGGAUUGAAGAGACGGUGCAGAAGUUCGGGCCUUUGGACGGCUGCGCCAACGUCGCUGCUGUGGAACAGCGCGACAUCUACCCAAUCACCACGCUCGACGUCGAGUAUUUCACUAAACUCCUAAACGUCAAUGUGGUUGGAACUUUCAACUGCCUCCAGGCACAGAUGGCAAACAUCAAGGAUGGCGGCGCAAUCGUGAACUGCGGUAGUAUCACAAGCAACUAUGCUUCCCAAGGUGUGGCGGCAUAUGUCGCAUCAAAGCAUGCUAUCAUUGGACUUUCCAAGGUUGCUGCAUUCGAAGGGGCCCCGAGAAACGUCAGAGUGAAUGUAUUGAAUCCGGGGUGCAUCAACACUGAAAUGAUGGAGAAGCCCUUCAAUCUGCCUGAUGGAAGCACAUUCAACCUGAGCAAAGACAACAUCCCGUGUCUGCUAAAGCGGCCCCUGGCUGAGCCUUGGGAGAUCGCCGCCUCGAUUGCCUUUUUGUUGGGUGAUGAAAGUACGUAUGUGACCAAGGCUUCCUGGGCCCAUGAUGGCGGAUGGACAGAAGGAACCUACAGCUCCGGUUAG